AGAUGGAUAUACAUUGAUGAAUAAUUACCUCCACUCCCCUUCCCUUGUUGUGACCGCAAAGUGGAAAAAGUUUCAGAGUUUCAGAGAAAGGAGGGAAUAUCCCUUUAACUGAAGCAAAACGGGGGAACUAAUAUUAGUGACUCCACAGGGGAACGUCAUAUCAGUAAAAGGAAAAAUCGCGAGGUUUGGGAGACAGCGUUUAAUGUGGAAGUGAAAAUACCCUGUUAUUUUGACUGCCUAACGGAGACUGUAGUGUUGGUGAACUGUUAUCAAAGUGCUGGUGACAGAUUUAUAGACCGAGCAACAACAAGCCAGACUGCUGGAGUCAUUUAAACUUUGAAUAAUAGUGGCAAAACAGAGACCCAGCAAAGGAGACCAGAACUAAUUUAAUUACUGCAGUGCUUGGAAUUAAAACAACAGACCUGAAGGCAGUAAAGGAAUGACGGCUUCUGGAAAAACACGUCAAGCACAGUUAAGUGAGCUGAAGGAUUUAAAAAACGGCUUGGUAGAACCUAAAACUCCUGAAAAAAUGGCUGAUUUAAAUUCCAAACUGGAAAAGUUAUUGGACAUCACAACAAGUUCCCAAAAAGAUCUGGUCACAUUUCAACAAGAGACCAGGGAAAGGCUCACUAGAAUGGAAGGAGAAAUGCAAAACCUUAAAAAAGACUUAAGCCAUAUAAAAAAAAUAGAAGAGACCUUGCUUCAAAUUACAGAAGAUUUAAAAGGGAAGGAAACAAGGCUAACAGAUGUUGAAGAUGCAGUGGAAAACCUAAGAGAACACAACCUACGCCAAGACGACAUUCUGGCAGUACUGGAAUAUACCCUAAAAGAGAAAAUGCUUAGAAUCAGGGGAGUCCCAGAACUGGACAAAGAAGUCACCUUAAGUAGAAUUAUGCCCCUUUUACAAGAGGUUUGGGGUCUGACUAGAGAAGAAAUUCUCAAAGAAGUAGAUCAAAUCUACAGAGUUAAUACUAGAUCAUCCAGGAAUAAUAGUCAACCCAGGGACAUUGUAUUCAGCUGUGUAAGACGCGAUCUUCGGGAGGAACUACUCCGCGCAAAUUCACAGAAAAAUUACCAUCUAGAUGGAAAUAAAAUAAUUAUCAUGAAAGAACUACCAGCGUCUAUCCAACAAAGACGUAAGGAUUACCGAAGAUUGACGAACCUCUUGAUGGAAAGAAAAAUAAAAUACAGAUGGAUAAUCCCAGAAGGACUGUCAUUUUUGUGGAAGGGUAAGAGGAUGAAUGUUGUCACAGUUCCUCAAGCCCAAGAAUUCCUGGCGAAAGAAGCAAGUCUACCCCCAACAAGAGUAAACAGCCCGAAUCGUUCUAGCUGAGACAUUGGAAAUCAGCUGUGAUCCCAAAGA